AAAUGGUGAUACAACUGAGAUCCCAGCAGUUUUCUACUUUGAAUUGAGGGGUGCAAUGCAGCUAUCGAAGCCAGAGUGUGAAGGGAUGGAAGUUCUUGAGAGGAUAGCACUGUUUUGGCCCCUGACUUCCAAGACUGGGAGGUCUCUUAUUGCACAGAGGGCAAUAGAGCUGGCUGCUCAAGCUACUGGUGGUACCUUGCCGGCUGCAUCUACUCCAGCGCCGCAAGAGGGUGGAGCUAAUGGUCCCUCAGCAGCCAAACGCAAGAGGGAGGCCUCUGAUGAAGCAUCUCGCAUUAACCGCAGGCGCAUUGAGGAGGAGGAUUUAAAACUCGUAUGGGAGGCAAUCCUGGGGAAUUUACAUGGUGAUAUUGGCAUGGAGGUUAUUUACUGGGUCGACAUAUUUGAUGUUGCAGAAUUACUCGGGAGAGUUGAGGGAGUGGAGGUGAUGGAGAAUUUCCUGCAGCUUGAGACUUCUGUAGCAGCCGUUCUAGUUCAGAACCAACGCUCUAUCACUACUCCGAAAGUGUAUUUUUCCUUGUGGACCUCGCAGAGGUUGGUCGAACUAUCCAUAGCCACAACUCCUUGGCCUCGCUUCAGGGUUGAAGUCAGAGGAGUUCAUGUGUACGAGCAGCCAGGGGAUGAAAUAGAAGUAGCAGAGAAUGAAGUCGAAGAAGGAGAGGAAGAAGAGGAAGCAGCAGAGGGAGUUCAUGGGCACGAGCAGGCAGGGGAAGAAGCGGAAGCAGCGGAGGGAGUUCACGGGCACGAGCAGGCAGGGGAAGAAGCGGAAGCAGCAGAGGGAGUUCAUGGGCACGAGCAGGCUGGGAACGAAGUGAAAGAAGAAGCAGGGGAAAAUGUGGAAGAAGAAGUGGAAGCAGCAGAGGGAGUUCAUGGGCACAAGCAGGCAGGGAAUGAAGUGAAAGAAGAAGCAGCGGAAAAAGUGGAAGAAGAAGCAGAGUAAAAUCACCCUAUUGGGAACUUUGUCACCUGAAGUUGUUUAAUCUUUGUAGUUUACCACUUCCAUCACUCUAAUUCACCUCAACACCGUACUUGCAUGUCAUGCCCGCAUUCUAUGGAUUUUAUGCUUCCCCUAGAUCUGGCUUACUAAUGACUGCUGAAUGCAAAACUGAGGAUGAGAGAUUGUUUUUGAAA